AUGGCUAGCAGUAGAAAGAGACUUAGAAACCGUGGCGGAGGGACCUCAUACGGGAGUACCUUUCUCGGUCAGACGUCGGAUCCAUCAGCUUCUACCUCCCGCUCUUCAGACAAUGUCCCCGAGAGCCAAACUCCUAGCGUACCUUAUGUGCGUCCGCAGGCGUACGAUCCUGCUGCAGUACCUCCAUACUAUCCGCAGUAUGAUACUUCGUACUUUCCUUAUGAGGAACCUGAGCGUGAUCAGCAGCCGCAGCAGCAGUCUCAGGAUCAGUAUCACCCACAGCCUGUUCCACAACAGCCUCAACAACAGCCUCAACAGCAGCCUCCACAGCCUGCUCCACACCCUGCCCCACAGCCUGGUGCAUACCAGAUUCCAGAGCAGGUUCCUAUAGCUCCAGGUCUUCAUCCAGAUUUGUUGGUGCCACCGAAUGCACCAUAUGCAAGAUAUUCGGUUGAAGACAUUCUCCAGAUGCCGGGAUGA